AAUCGUUGCUGCGCCAUGAUUACGGGGUUCGCCGUGAUUUCCGAUCUCCGUGAUUUCCGAUCGUCUCGACUCCAUAGGUUCCACCCACACAGCAACAACAGCCGUCGCUCGACCACCACCCCCUCCAUGUGGCCUGGAUUGGUAAAAACUGCAAAAGAAGGAGGCGUAGACGUGAUUGAAACGUACGUAUUUUGGAAUGGACAUGAACCAUCACCAGGCAAUUACUACUUUGGUGGAAGGUACGAUCUACCCAAAUUUGUGAAGAUAGUUCAGGAUGCCGGUAUGCUUUUGAUUCUUCGGAUCGGCCCAUUCGUUGCCGCAGAAUGGAACUUUGGCGGUAUACCUGUUUGGUUACAUUAUGUGCCUGGGACUGUCUUCAGAACCGACAACGAACCUUUCAAGGUGAGAAAUCGGUUAAUGUUUCUUUACCAAAACCCUACCUCUGAAUCUGAAGGAAUCAAGCAACAUCAGGUAUGCUAAUCUAUAAUCCGUUGAUGAUUACAUUGUAAUGUAUGUUAAUUUUCUUAUGGUCCAUAUAAGUUCGUAUUCUAGGGUUUUGAAACAGUCGCACUAAAUCCUCUACAGGUACUGUAAGCAACUGUUGGUAUUUAAUAAGUUAUUUACAUAAGAAUAACAAACAAAUAUGAGAUAUGAUAAUAGGUUGAAGUUGCAAGGCCCAUGGACAAGAAACGGAAAAGGGUUUAUGAAGAUUCGCAAAUCACUCAGUCGCGUGAGAUUUUAAAUAACUACAAGCCUCAAAAUUAUGAGUCAGUCAUGAGUUCUUUCAAUGGCUACCGUGACGACACUGUUCAAAAGUUGCUGAUCCCCAUGAAGCUGCUACCAGUGGCUGUUAGAGACCGG